AAAGGAUCAUUCCGACGAGGCCGAGCCUCAGCUCUCCGCGCCAACAUCUGAUCGUUCUCUUCCUUUUUCUUCCCAACCAACACACGACGGAUUCCACCAACCUACGCGGCAGGCAUUCAAUUGCGCUGCAUCCCACGUCGCACGAGCCGACCGUAACCUUGUCCGAUCUUGCGAAUCUGCCCCUCAAAAGAUCACCACGCUCCUUGUCCGCCCGACGUCACCAUGAACAUCCAUGCGGGUCGGGGCAGUGGCCCCUCGGUGCGACCACUUCGGCUUCGACUCUCACAACAGGUUGCGACGAUAGCUUUGGCGGCGGCAUUUCUGCCGACGGCGCUGGGACAUGGAGGGCACCACACGGACAAAAUUCCCGAGGGGGAAGCCGUUUCUCUCGAGCCGAUGGAUACCACAUUAUGGAUACACAUUUUCGUCCAGAUGCUCGCCUUCGGCAUCCUCUUCCCAGUCGGGAUGGUCCUAGGGAUAGUCAAGAGCCGGUGGCACGUUCCGUUACAAAUAUUCAGCACCGCGCUCGCCCUACUCGGCUACGUCCUCGGCCACCUGCACCGCGGUCGGCAAUUCCAACCAAACAACGUCCACGCAAAGGCCGCCACCCCUCUUUUCUUCCUCAUGGUGGCUCAGGUUGUCUUCGGUGUCUACCUGAAGUUGCAUCUCGAAAAGGGGAUUCACGGCCGUAUCCGACCCUUCUUCCGACUGGUACAUAGCAUCAACGGGAAGGCGUUUCCGAUCUACGCAUGGGUCCAGAUGAUAUUUGGCGGCAUCACGGCGCUCGGUUUCUGCCAGGGCGACCAUCUGGGGCAAUGCCUGGCCCACUUCAUCAUGGGCGGUGCUUUCAUCGCCUACGGCGUUCUUCUUACCAUCCUACUGCUGGCCGGCCAGCUCUGGCUCCGCCGCACCGGCCGUAGCCAGGAGUUCUUCGACAGCGCCGUCAUCGCCGCCUGGGGUUGCGUCAACACCUUCACCGAGCACCGCUGGGGCACCGCGUGGGUCAGGAACGACUGGCAGCACACGACCAUGGGCAUCAUCUGGUGGAGCGCCGGCCUGGUGGGCGUGUGGCUCAGCAGGGACAGGAACGGCGCGCCGAAGCGCAACUUCAUCCCCGGCUUCGUCAUCCUCAUUACCGGCUGGGGCAUGUCGGCCCAUCCGCAAGAGCUGAUGAUCAGCGCAAUGACCCACCAGAUGUUCGGCUACACCCUCAUGGCGGCUGGCGUCACCCGGAUCAUCGAGGUUUCGUUUAUCCUCAGGGAUAAGCCGAGUGUGUCUGAAGACGGCACCGAAACCAACAGUUUCCAGUUCAUCCCCGUCUUCCUCCUCUACGCCGCCGGCUUCCUCUUCAUGGGCGCGACCGAAGAGCAGAUGGUGCUUCUCGCCGGCUCCGGCAUCGACCACGUCGCCUACGUCAUGAUCCUGUACAGCCUGGCCUCGCUGCUCUUCCUCUUCACCAUGACCCUCAUCCACAUCUACGACCGCGCCAACCCCGUCGCCAAGAAGCCCCUCGCCAACGGGCAGGCGGUGCGCGGUGUUGACGAUGCGCAGCUGCGCGCCGCCAACGAGUUCGAGCUCGACGGCCUGGUCAGCGAUGACGAGGACGAGGAGCGCGCCGCGCGGAGGAAGCUGCUGACGGACGACGGGCUGGAGGAGGACGGGCCGAGCAGCCCGAGCACGGUGGGGAGGAACAGCGAUCGGGUGGCGUAGAUGGGGGUGGUUGAUGAGCGUGUUUUGUUUUGUCUUUGCAUUAGUUACAAUGGUGGGUGGGUUGGGAGUUUGGGCUGCCGUUUGGAGAGCGGCAUGAUCAUUUCUUUUUGGGAAGUUUUAGGUAAUAACUCUGGGAAGUUUCAGCAAUGGCAGUGGUCCUAUUGUUUGUUAUACUCGUGUUGCUGGGAGUGUGGUUGUUCGGAGUAAUCAUGUACGCUCUCUCGACCCCCUUUAGGCAACAAAGGGGUUAUCUCCAACUCUUGCACAGCGA